GUUUCAGCACAAGUUUUCAACCAAUUUGAUCUCAAAAAAACAGAAAUUGAAUCCUGGUCGGAACUCUGGAAGUAAAAGCCAACACUCAAUCAAAAUCCUGCCUUUCAAAUGAAAAGCAAUGAGAUGAAGAGAUGACAGAAACUGGGAAAAGGGUAAAGCAAAAGAAUGGCUGUUGAAAUCCCGAAGGAUGUAAUAACCCAACUACAGAUCUCACUUCGCAAGCAAGCCAACGUCCCUUCCUACGAUCCAAAGGAGUCGUCGCUUCCAACUCUUCCUUCCCUCCGUCACUCAAUCUCUGACUCUCCCCAUCUCCUCUGCCUUCAUUGCAAUGCCCAUCUCCUCCGAGGCCCCGACUCCCUCCUUUGCAUCUUCUGCGGCAAACACCAGACCAAUAUCGACGUGCCACUUCAGCCUAUCAAAUUCAAGUCCACUUCCGGUUACAGCUGGUUCCUCCACUCCCUUAACUUAGAUGGAUCUGAAAUUGUGGGAGAGUCUUUAGAAGGGAAUGAAUCGAACAGAGGGCCUCGAGAGGUGUUUCUGUUAUCUGAUCUUUUGGAUUUGGAAAUAAGAUGGAAAGAUGCCGAGCCUGAUGAAGUUGAAUCUGGUUUGAGAAGGAAUAAUCCAUUGAAUUUGAUUGGACUUGAUCUUGAUGAUUAUUUUUUAACUGAAAGAAAAGGAGUUUCUGUUUCGUUACCAUCCCCAGGGGCAUUGACAGUAAAGAAAGAGAUUGAUUCUACUGGAAGUAAUACGUUUGAAUCGCGUGAAAACCUUAGUAUGUUUGAGAAUUAUCAGGAUUCUAAGAAUAGUGGCUCUGUUUCUGCUGAUUCUAAAACUGAUCACAAUGCUACUAGCUCCCAGUUAUUUGAUUCUUCUGUAGGUUCCUCUAAGGAUCUUUCUUCCCACAUGGACAUUGUCUUUGGACAGGGUAAAAUUUUAUUUGAUGAAAAAGAAAAAGGCAAUCAAACUUCUUGGGAAUCGAAAACGAACAGCUGGUUUCAAGAUGACAUGCAGAGUGAUUCCACUUCAGAGGUGAGAAUAGACAAAGCAAACAUUUCUUCUUCUUUGAAUCUUGACUGGAUUCAAGAUGAUAACGCACAAAUCAGUGCCAGCAAUGCCCCUGGUAAAAAAACCACUGAUGAUGAUGAUUCAAAGUUAACUCGGCAAGGUGAAAACUUUGAUGCAACUGUUGACGUUAUGGAUUCUGGAACAGCUCAGAGGGUUUCUUAAUUCCCCCUCCAUGAACGU